UUAAAAAGUCUCUCGGCGCCGCCACGAGGUGUCAUCAAUUCAAAACAAGGCACUGAAAGAACGCAACUUCAUUCAAAAUGCAUCGUUUUCGACAAAUUUUCACGGCAAACCGUGUGAACGUCAUUGGCAUGAUUCAUGUCGAUGCCCUGCCAGGUACUCCACUGUAUGGCGGGUCAGUUUCGCGGCUAAUCGAGAAAGCAAGUCGCGACGCCGAAGUUUACGCGCGGAGCAAUAUCGACGGGAUUUGCAUAGAGAACAUGCACGACGUGCCUUAUGUCAAGUCGCACGAGUUGCGGCCCGAGACGACGGCCGUGAUGGGCCGCGUGUGCGCCGAAGUGAAGCGACUCGUCGGCAGGCGGAUCGCCUGCGGCGUGCAGAUUCUCGCCGGAGGCAACCUGCAGGCGCUGGCUGUUGCUCAAGCGGCCGAUUUGCAAUUCAUAAGGGCCGAGGGAUUUGUGUUCGGCCAUGUGGGCGACGAGGGUUACCACGACUCGUGCGCCGGCAAGCUGCUCAGAUACCGCAGGGAGCUUGCCGCCGACCACGUUUUGAUUUUCACUGACGUCAAGAAGAAGCACAGUUCACACGCGAUUACGGGAGACGUGAGCAUUGAAGAAACGGCCAAGGCUGCGGAGUUUUUCCUCUCAGAUGGGCUGAUCGUGACAGGCUCUGCCACGGGAGACCCUGUCAAACAAAGCGACCUUGUUGGAGUUAAAAAGUCCACAUCCUUGCCAAUUCUUGUUGGUUCUGGAACGAAUUUUGAAAACGUGAGGGAGACCUCGAAAAACGCGGAUGCCGUGAUAGUUGGGACGCAUUUCAAGCGAGAGGGACGAUGGCAGAAUGAAGUUGACGGCGAGCGAGUCAAAAGAUUCAUGGAACACGUUGUCGAAAUUAAAUAAAUUAGAAAAGA